CGAACAGCGUCGUCGUCGUGUUCCAGACAUUUUUUAGGAUCUGUUCAUUUGCGCUGCUGUCAGCGGACUUGUGGAAUGUAUUUUUGAUGUGAAUUAUCAGUUUCGUUACGUGCCGCGUGUGAUCGACGUAGCGCUAGCAGCGCAUUCCGGUUCAAGGUAGCAGCGUGCAGUUUUUGCUUCAUUCGAGAAAAGCAGCAGAAAAACAACACCACGAUCCACUGCGACGCGGCGUCCCCUGGAAAACUCGGACGCGAAGAACGCCCUUCAUUUUUACCAGCACCGUGCAACAAGUGGCCGUCGAAGAGCUAGUUUUCCGUCCGGGAGCUGCGGUUUUCCACCAGUUGUGUUAUUCGUUUUUGGUGACGAAACUAGCGUCGAGCGAAAGAAAGUGUGCAGUGGGAAACGGAAAGAAGCGUAGCAUCAGCAUCAUCCAAACGGUCGUGCGGCAGACGCAGCGGUGGUAGUGGGGGGAGAAAGAAAAAGUGCUGAAUUUUGGUAGCCGUUUUCCAUCGGAAGAAAAAAGAAAAAGUGAAAUCAUUGCAAUAGUGGUGCGGGUGGUGCGAGUGUGUUUUUCAGUUUUCCAUUUGUCCCACCGUGCGCGGGGUAAUGUGUGGCAGCGCGCUGGUGUAGAAGAUCCGCUGGGAAAGUGGAUUCCUCCGACAAGCAGAGCAGAGCAGUGAAGAAGUGAAGUGAAAAGGCGAAAAGCGCGACCGAAUAGCACGGGGCAGCCAUUCAAAUCAAGUCAAAAUGGGCUGUGCCGUCAGCAGAGAUAAGGAAGCCAUCGAGCGGUCGAAGAAUAUUGACCGUGCGUUGCGUGCCGACGGUGAACGGGCGGCUAGUGAGGUGAAGCUGCUGCUGCUAGGUGCCGGUGAAUCGGGAAAAUCGACGAUCGUCAAACAGAUGAAAAUCAUCCACGAAACUGGCUACUCGCAGGAAGAGUGCGAACAGUACCGGCCGGUCGUGUACAGCAACACCAUACAGAGCCUGAUGGCGAUCAUCCGCGCGAUGGGCCAGCUGCGGAUCGACUUUGCCGACCCGAGCAAGACCGACAUCGCACGCCAGUUCUUCACGUACGCGUCCGCCACCGAGGAGGGCGAGCUGACGCCCGAGCUCGUCUCGCUGAUGAAAAAGCUCUGGACGGACCCGGGCGUCCAGCUGUGCUUCUCCCGGUCGCGCGAGUACCAGCUGAACGAUUCGGCCGCCUACUACCUGAACUCGCUCGACCGCAUCUCCCAGCCGCACUACAUCCCGACGCAGCAGGACGUGCUGAGGACGCGCGUCAAGACUACCGGCAUCGUCGAGACGCACUUUAGCUUUAAGGCCAUACAUUUCAAAAUGUUUGAUGUUGGAGGUCAGCGAUCGGAGCGUAAGAAGUGGAUCCACUGCUUCGAAGGUGUGACGGCUAUCAUCUUUUGUGUCGCACUGUCUGGAUACGAUCUGGUGUUGGCCGAGGAUGAGGAGAUGAACCGCAUGAUCGAAUCGAUGAAGCUGUUCGACUCGAUAUGCAACUCGAAGUGGUUCGUGGAAACGUCCAUCAUUCUGUUCUUGAACAAGAAGGACCUGUUCGAGGAGAAAAUCGUCCGAUCGCCGUUGACGAUCUGUUUCACCGAGUACGCCGGUUCCAAUACGUACGAGGAGGCCUCCAGCUACAUUCGGAUGAAGUUCGAGAACCUAAACAGACGAAAAGAUCAGAAAGAAAUCUACACCCACCUCACGUGCGCCACCGACACCAGCAACAUCCAGUUCGUGUUCGAUGCCGUCUCGGAUGUGAUUAUCAAGAACAACCUGAAGGACUGCGGGUUGUUUUAAGGUGUCAAUGCUAGCUGCAGCAAGCUUCCAUUUGCCAACGAUAUAAAACCGAGGUGAAAGUGAAGAGAUGGGGGAAGAGCAAAACCCCACAAACGCAGCAACAUAUAGCGAUGGCAGCUACAAAUUGCGUGACCGUCGCCCCACGGGCGCACAAAGUGACAGGCAGACCCGGAUGCCCUAUCAGAUUGGUGCCGGCCGUUAUGCGUGUUAUACCUACUUAUACGUUAGUGCUAUUAAUUAUGUUUAGUUCAACUACUAUCGUGAACAUUCUACGAUCCUUCAGUACGCUCUACUUGCUCGGAGGUAAUCCAUAUUGGUAGCUUUUACCCAUUUUUCCACAUUUGUGACACUACGAGGUGUCACAAAAAGGAUUGAAAACUAGUUAGCCCCUACGGAAAGAAAAAAAAAACCCUUAAGCAGUAGCUGCCAAUAUCAUUUUCCCUGGAAAGGCACGGAAUGGGGUUUGCUAACGGAGGUGCUCCAUUUUCUACAACGUACAUGACCCAAUGGAGUACAUGACCCCAUGGCACCAACACAUGGUUGCAAUGAAAUGUGGGAUGAAUCACUUAAAUUCUCUUCAACGCAACACUUUCCUAGACGUUUCGUUUUCUCCUCAUCGUUGCUCUAGUUUAGUGUAGGUAAACAAACAUAGAUUAAGUAAAACAAAAUAUGCCCCGUGUAUGUGCGUGUGAGGAUCGGUAAAGCAAAGGUUUAGCAAAAAAAAAAUAGUUAAUAAGGAAAUGAACGGAGAGUACGAGGGUGACAGAGGAAAUGAAGUUUGAUAUCGCAAACGGAAGGAGGUUAUAGGGAUGGUUUUUAUCCAUGCGCAAAGAAGGGAGACUUGCUUUCUGGAGGGUAAGCAAAAAGUUUAUUCUUCUCCGAAGCAACCAGAGGGUGAAUGGACUUUAAACCAACAUGUCCGUAAGCUUCAGUACGCGCAAGGCUUAAAAAAAAGAAAAUUUAAGAGCUUUCCAGUAACGAGAACAUUCUCUAGCCGUACAUGGCAAAACAAAACCGGUAAAGAAAACCAUAAAACGUACAACUCUAAACCAGAGUUAGGUUGAGCACGAACAAUCUAACGACGAUGUUGCUAGUUACAAAUCUUUAAAAAAUCCAACAUAAACAUCCCUCCCUUUCUUGUACACCAUUAGGGUGCUUGAACAUAAAUUGUUGUUUGAGUCAAGGUAAUACUUGAAAAGGGGAAUGCGAGAGGUCAUGUUAUUGGUAUACCACAAAUCAAUCAUGAUUCAAUUCAAUUACAGAAUUGCAGGAUAGGGAAAGCAUUGAAUGGAACAUUCGGUAAGCAAUUUUAUUUCCUAACUAAAUUUAUAGAUCACUUUUCCUUUGUAUGUUUCGGGAGUAAAUUUUAAUUUUGCUAUUUAUUUA